UGAGAGAGAGAGAGAGAGAGAGAGAGGCUGUGAGAAUGUGCUGUAUCUGUGGCUGAGAAUGUGCUGUAUCUGUGGCUGGGAACAGCGCAGGCUGUCCGGUCGGUUCGUCCUCCGCAGCACAACCCUCCUCCACACCGACUCUCAUCCCCUCCCUGGCGACUGCGUGUGCGUGUGACGGUUCCCGGAGCUCCUCCGCAGUGUCACGGAACCAGGAUCCCCGGAUCAUGGAUGACUGGAGGUCUGCAGAGGAACUAAGAGUUUUAUAAGUCUUUUUUUUUCUUCUUUUUUUAAUUCAAAGGAGGGCCGCUCAGAAGGAGACACACCUCUGAAGCCUACAGGCAGUCUGACCUCAUGGUGUGUGCUCACUGGGAUAAAUUAGACGCUUAGUCAAACAGCACAGUGCUGCUACACAAAAAGCCCACACAGGAUGUCGUGGGCCAGAAACGCCUUUACAGGUCGAGCAGACGAGCGAUCAACAGCAUGGGGAGAACGCAACGGCAAAAAGAGGAAGGACAGCUCGUCACUGUGCAACCCACGCUACAUGAGCUGCUUGAGGGACAAUGAUGAGCUCGAGCCCCCACACGUGGCCCCUCAGCAUUACCACUGCGGAGCCGGCACUAGUGGGGGGAACUUCGGCUUGCGCUGCGGCUGGCAGGAGGACCAUUACAGGACAAAGAUAGGGGGCGGCGUGGACCUGAGUUUUGAAGAUGGUGCACUGAAGGGAAGGAAGGACGAUGAGGUAGGGGAGGGUAGCUGCAAAAUGAUGAGUGCUGCAGACUGCUGGAGGUGGUUUUUGUGGGUUUUCCAGUCCAAAAAGUUUCAAUCUCCCAAGCUGGAGCGACUGUUCCAGCGUUACUUCUUCAGGCUCAAUCAGAGCUCUCUGACGAUGCUGAUGGGGGUGCUGGUGGUGGUGUGUGGGGUCAUGUUGGCCUUCCACUGCAUCCACAUGACCCAUGACAGGGCCUAUACCUCAGUGCUCUCUGUAGCCAUGGUGCUGUUCCUGGCCAUGAUGGUGGUGUGCAACCGCAAUGGCUUCCACCAGGACUACAUGUGGAUUGUCAGCUACUUGGUUAUCGGGGUGCUGAUUGUGGUGCAAGUAUUUGGGGUGCUGAUGGUGUCCCCUCGGAGCGCCUCAGAGGGCAUCUGGUGGACUGUGUUCUUCAUCUACAUUAUCUACACACUGCUGCCGGUUAGGAUGAGAGCUGCUGUGCUUAGUGGAGCCGUGUUGUCUGUUAUACACAUAGUCACCGCCUGGCAACUCAACCAGGAAGACAAGUUCAUUUUCAAACAGAUCACUGCCAACGUGCUGAUCUUCAUGUGCACGAACAUGAUUGGGAUCUGUACCCACUACCCUGCUGAGGUCUCCCAGAGACAAGCCUUCCAGGAGACGAGAGGCUACAUCCAAGCCAGACUGCACCUGCAGAGGGAAAACCAGCAGCAGGAGCGCCUACUGCUGUCAGUGCUGCCAAGGCACGUUGCCAUGGAGAUGAAGGCUGAUAUCAAUGCCAAGAAAGAAGAUAUGAUGUUUCACAAGAUCUACAUUCAAAAACAUGACAAUGUUAGCAUUCUGUUUGCUGACAUCGAGGGCUUCACCAGCCUGGCAUCUCAGUGCACGGCUCAGGAGCUGGUCAUGACACUCAACGAGCUGUUUGCCCGCUUUGACAAGUUGGCCUCGGAGAACCACUGCCUGCGUAUUAAAAUCCUCGGGGACUGUUACUACUGUGUGUCAGGGCUGCCUGAGCCACGGGCUGACCACGCCCACUGCUGUGUGGAGAUGGGAGUGGACAUGAUUGAGGCCAUCUCGCUGGUGCGGGAGGUGACGGGUGUUAAUGUGAACAUGCGGGUGGGCAUUCACAGUGGGCGUGUUCACUGUGGGGUGCUAGGCCUGCGCAAGUGGCAGUUUGACGUCUGGUCCAAUGACGUGACACUCGCCAACCAAAUGGAGGCGGGAGGGAAGGCAGGGCGUAUCCACAUCACCAACGCCACACUUCAGUAUCUGAAUGGAGAUUAUGAGGUGGAACCGGGCUUCGGUGGAGAGAGGAACGCUUACCUGAAGGAGCAUAAUAUAGAAACUUUCUUGGUAUUGGGGUGCAGCCAGAAGAGGAAAGAGGAAAAAGCCAUGAUGGCCAAGAUGCAGCGAGCACGUGCAAAUUCAGGUGAGGGCUUGAUGCCACGCUGGGUCCCUGACAGAUCUUUCGCCAGAACCAAGGAGUCCAAAGUCUACAGGCAGAUGGGUAUUGAUGAAGCCUCCAGCAAAGACAACCGCUGCGCUCAGGAGGCCUUGAACCCAGAGGACGAGGUGGACGAGUUUCUUGGACGGGCCAUCGACGCACGUAGCAUCGACCAGCUAAGGAAAGACCAUGUCAAGAAGUUCCUCCUCACUUUUCAAACUCCUGACCUUGAGAAAAAAUACUCCAAAAAGGUCGACGAUCGUUUUGGCGGCUAUGUGGCAUGCACAUUCCUUGUUUUCUGUUGCAUCUGUUUCAUUCAGAUCAUCAUUUUUCCAAAAACAACACUUAUGCUCGGCCUUUACAUCAGCAUCUUCAUCAUCCUUGCCAACAUCCUCUUCAUCUGUGCAAUCUACUCCUGCAUCAAACUGUUCCCAGCUGCCUUGCAGACUGUAACAAAGAAAAUAGUCCAGUCUCGUGCAAACAGCACACUGGUGGGCGUCGUCACCAUCCUUCUCCUCUUCAUCUCCUCCUUCACUAACAUGUUUACUUGCAGCAGAGACAAACUACAAGACUGUGUGGCCAACAAGUUGAACGUAUCGAUGAACCUUUGCCUCCUGCACAACCUGACUAGGACAGCAGAGGACGGUUUGACUGUGUGCCCCAGCCAGGCCAUGCCCUGCCAUUUCCCCGAGUAUUUCAGCUACAGUGUGCUGCUGACCCUGCUGGCCUGCUCUGUGUUCCUCCACAUCAGCAGCAUAGGGAAGCUGGCGCUGAUGCUCUUCAUCCAGCUCACGUUUCUCCUGCUGGUGGAGUGGCCUCAGGUCACCUUGUUUGACAACGCAGAUUUGCUGGUUGUUGCCAACACCCUGCAAUUAUCACCUGUCAAUGAUUCCCUUCAUUGGUCAAGUUUCAAUGAAACUACAGAACAGUGCUUGGAAAGUGUGACCAAGGUGUCCCUAAAGGUCAUGAUCCCUGUAAUCCUGACAGUGUUUGUUCUGGCUCUCUACUUGCACGGCCAGCAGGUGGAGUCCACCGCCCGGCUUGACUUCCUCUGGAAGCUGCAGGCCACAGAGGAGAAGGAAGAGAUGGAGGAGCUACAGGCUUACAACCGCCGCCUGCUCCACAACAUCCUGCCCAAGGACGUGGCCGCCCACUUUCUUGCACGCGAGCGGAGGAAUGACGAGCUGUACUACCAGUCGUGUGAAUGUGUUGCUGUUAUGUUUGCCUCCAUCAGUAACUUUUCUGAGUUUUAUGUGGAGCUGGAGGGCAACAACGAGGGAGUGGAGUGUCUCAGGCUGCUGAAUGAAAUCAUCGCCGAUUUUGACGAGAUCAUCAGUGAGGAGAAGUUUCGUCAGCUGGAAAAAAUUAAGACGAUUGGCUCCACGUACAUGGCAGCUUCUGGCCUCAAUGACUCCACCUACGACAGGGAGGGUCGCUCACACAUCCUUGCUCUGGCUGACUAUGCCAUGAGGCUCAGAGAGCAGAUGAAAUACAUCAACGAACACUCUUUCAACAACUUCCAGAUGAAGAUUGGACUGAAUAUGGGUCCAGUGGUUGCAGGUGUAAUUGGGGCCAGAAAACCACAGUAUGACAUCUGGGGGAACACAGUCAAUGUGGCCAGCCGGAUGGACAGCACCGGAGUUCCUGACUGCAUCCAGGUGACCACAGACUUGUACCAUGUCCUGGCCAACAAUGGUUACCAGCUGGACUGUCGAGGCCUUGUCAAGGUGAAGGGGAAGGGGGAGAUGACCACUUACUUCCUGACCCGUGGUCCCCAGGGGAGCUAACGGGAGACCUGCCACGGUGUGCUCAUGACACAGAGAUUGCAGAGCGACUGCGCGCUGAGCUCGGCACUGAGCACCGAAGUGCCACAUGAACUCUGCACGACCAUCAGACGCAAACACGUCUGAAGGAUGUUAGCCCCCCCACCCACCCAACCAAGCUGCUCGAGAGGUCACUAAACCCAGUUGCCUUAGGAUGAAAGUUGCUAUGCUUAUGUUUAUGAGCAAUAUUGGAAGAAUUUCAUCUGUAGUCUUUAUUUAUUUUCACACUGAUGGAUUUUAUGAUGAUGUUGUAUUAAAAAAAAAGAAAAUAUAUAAAAAAAAUAAUUCAGAUAUGCAAGGAUAACAUGAAGGAGGAAAAUGACCAAAGAACAAAUGUUUGAUGUGAAACACAUUUAUGUCUGGGGUUUUAUUGUUGUUUUCUGUUCACAAUGUAACUUAUUGGUCUUUUGACAGCAAACGCCACGGUAACUUCACUGUCAGGCACUUUGGAUGUUGACGUGGACAACACGCGUGCUUGCACACACAUAAGCAGACAUUCACGACAACCUUGGCUUUGACUUGUCUUCUUAUCAGGGCCGUUUGUGUUUCGUUUUGUUUCUUUCAGCCUGCAAUUGGCCACAGUGUGAUCACGAGGUUCACUCGAGUCUGCAAAAUGCCCAGUACGGCGUUCUCUUGUUUCAAGCCAAAACAAGAAAGUAAGUGAGAGCGGUCUGAUUAGUAUCACGGCACUGAGGACACGUUGCAAAGGAAGCGUGUGAGCACACUGGAUGCUGGUCUUUAUAAUGGGGCGCGUACUGUGUCUUUUCACUGUGAGGUUUUUACGAUACUGUACAACAAACACUUUCUUUGUUGCUGUUGCCAAACUGUUUGCUGUGAGACAUGUUUUCUAUUUUUUUUGGUGCCAUGUGUCCAUUCCUGAUUUGUUGUCUCAGAUGAACAUGUUUGAAGAAUUGCGCAUUUUAACUGUGAUUUUUUUUUCCUUUCUUUCUUUAUGAUUUCAUUAGAACCCAAAUAAGCAAAAGCCUGAAGACGUGUGUAGUGAACAAAAACUGCUUUCCUGACCAUAUACACGUGUCCUGUUUCCUCGAUAAACUGUAUGCAAGAAUUAUCUGUUGGUUCACGAGUAUUGCCUUGAGAUUAUGCAUUUCCAAUGUCCACCUACAUCCCAAACUAACUUUGCACAACAGUGCCACCAUGUGGUUGUAUGUGACCCCCCCCACCCCGCCCUUAAAAAUGAUAAUCAAAUCUUAUAAAUCAAUAAUGUUCUGAAUGUAAUGCAAAAUAUUAUAUUUUGGCCCACGAUGAAACUACUGAAAAAAAAAACACUCUAUACAUGACCAGUUUGUGAGGGCGGAGCUGAAUUAUCGUACCAGAGGUCUGCUUUCUGAAAAGUGGACAUGUUGUUUGAUUUUUUUUUUAACUCAAAUUUGAAUUUCUGUCUCACUGUAAAAUGCUGUCCCACUGUGAACAGUCAACUAAACGCCAUUGCAAUUUGUUUUCAGAAGCAGCACAGCUUAACAAAUGAUUAAUUUAAUUGAUUUCUCUGUUGGAUAAGAAAUUAAUAAAUUUUUGUUUUGCAUUGU